CUUCUGAGUGAGUGCUCGUACUUGGUACCUGGGUCCUUAUCGGUUAGUCUAGGGGCAACAAGUAGAUUUUUCCCAUCUUAUAGUUGGCUCUUGCUCCUGCCAGUAGAGCAGUACCUAGCAGAAUAAGAGGUAUAAAACCGGCCUAAGUAGCUUCCCCGAGCUCUGAUUCUUGAACUUCAUCUACCAUCACAGACUAUCAAAACGUCGAAAUUUGUCUUCAUUAACGCCACAAGUUCUACACAAAACAAGAAGGUUGAGAAUUCCCCAUUCUAGCAACGAACCCUUGCCACCAAAAUGGUUCUCAGCGGACACUGCCUCUGCAAGGCCGUCACCUACAAGGUCGACGUCGAUGCACCCCUGAUCACCGGAUACGACCACUGCGACGAUUGCCAGCGUCAGAGUGGCUCUACCUACUCCCUCGUGGUCGUCGUCCCCAAGGACAAGCUCACCAUCAACGGCCCGACAAAGUCGUGGGCCGGCAAGGGCUCCUCGGGCAAAGCCGUGCACCGCAUCUUCUGCAGUGAGUGCGGCUCGCCCAUCGCCCACGACCCGGACGCUGCGCCCGAGAUCAUUGCCCUCAAGGGCGGCACUCUGGAUUCCGAAAUCAAGAAGACUCUCAAGCCUGACACCGAGAUCUGGACUGUUGGCAAGCUACCUUUCUGCCAGGAGCAUCUCGCCAAGCCUUUUACUCACAUGCCUGAGUAAAAUGAUGUGAUUGUAUUCACUCACAUACUCUCCUAGUUAGGUAGCAUAUUCUGCAAAGAUGGCUCGAGUAACAGGACAGAAAAAUUGAUUUUUUUUUGUUUUUUUGUUUUUCUGGGCAAAAGUAGAGCUAUGUAGUGAAAUUCAAAAUGCCAUCAAGUCUACAAGAGUGACCGGACGUCUGGGGCUGAGAGUAAUUUUCCUAUCCCGUCA